GUCUGCAGCUGCUGCCCAGAGAUUAGACGAAGCAGGUUAUGAGAACAUCGCAUGCAUAACAUCAGGUCUUCAAACUGUAAAACCUGGAACAUUUGAUUCUGUUGGUUCCAAAGAACUGCAAGAUGCUGGCAAAGCCGGUUUGGUUACCAUACAGGGCAAGAUUUCAGCUGUUCUAGGAACUGUGCUUAUCUGUGCAUUGCUAUUCAUAACUCUUUUCCCCGAUCAAGCAGAACAGAUUCUUGCAUUGGUUCCUUCAAGCUAACACCUAAACAACUCCAACUUUCUUUGUUUUUUUGGUGUCUCUAGUAUGUUGAGGGAUUUUGUUUUUUUUUAAGAAAAGUAGAGUGUGCUCAUUUGUGUAGAGAAAACUACUUGAUAUUGAAAUACCAGUAGUCAUCGAGCUUUUGUACAUUUCUCAUUUGACAAAUAUCUGAUUGGUAAACGGCAAAUUGCUUUUUCUUAUUUAGCAACUAAGAGCUAUUUCUUUUA